CUGCAUGCAAGGCUGCUGCGUGUGUCUGUGUGGGUGCGUUAGUCCCCUUGGAUGAGCACACACGGCUGAGGAUGCAGCUGGGAGCAUGAGUUCUGACCGAGAGGAGUAUGACAUGGUCUGUCAGAAAGCUGUGACCCUAAUUGUUGACCUCUGCCUGCACAACAGCACCCUGUUGGAUCCGAGCACCUGUCAGGAUUUCCUCUUUGUGCUGACCAGUCAGGGUUCUGACCACAAGGAAUUGGACGCUACUUUUGGCCUGCUGCUUGGUGUGUUUCUUCUCUGUGGCCUGGCUCUGUUGGGCCUUCUUACAUUCGUCUCCUGGAAGCUGUGCUGGGUGCCUUGGCGGACUAAAGCCCACUUCUCCAGUCCAUCUCUCAGCCCGCCCUGCGGCCCGCAGAACAGCCCAAUUCAGCCGCCUCUCUUGCUGCCUAGUCCCCAGCAGCCAGUGGUCACCAUGGCGACAGAGAAGGUGAAGGACCCCAUGGGUUCAAUGGGUUUCCUGGAGGCGGCAGUGAAGAUAAGCCAUACUUCUCCUGACAUCCCCACCGAUGUGCAGCUCUCCAUGAGGGAACACUUCCUGCGUCGCACACAGCGCAUGCAGAGGCAAACCACUGAGCCUGCCUCCUCCACACGGCACAACUCAUUCAAAAGACACCUGCCCAGGCAGAUGCAGGUGGGCAGUCUAGACCUGGGAAACGACUAUACUGUGGAGAAGGACGAAAAGCCCACCAGCAUCGGCCGUAUCCAGCCAGAGCUCUACCAACAGAAGGCCUUGGAAUCAGAGGAUUCAUCAAAGAAUGGCAGCAGCAAAAAUUGUGGCAGGAUUAACUUCUCUCUCAAGUACGACUAUGAAAAUGAGGCGCUCCUUGUCAACAUACUCAGAGCCGUAGACUUGCCUGCCAAAGACUUAUGUGGCACUUCGGACCCUUAUGUGAAGAUCUACCUGCUCCCCGACCGCAAGAAGUUCCAGACACGAGUCCACCGGAAGACGCUCAACCCCACAUUUAAUGAGAGUUUUCAGUUUCCUGUGCCUUAUGAAGAGCUGGCCGCCAGGAAGCUCCACAUGAGCGUCUUUGACUUUGACAGAUUUUCUCGGCACGAUAUGAUUGGGGAGGUGGUGCUGGAAAAUUUGUUUGAGACAUCAGACCUUUCCCGGGAGACAAACAUAUGGAGGGACAUCCAGUAUGCUACCAGUGAGAGUGUUGACCUUGGGGAGAUCAUGUUCUCGCUAUGCUACCUGCCCACCGCAGGCAGACUCACACUUACUGUCAUCAAGUGCAGGAACCUGAAGGCCAUGGAUAUUACUGGAUACUCAGAUCCCUAUGUAAAAGUAUCUCUUAUUUGUGAUGGGAGACGUUUGAAAAAGAAGAAGACGAGCAUUAAGAAGAACACCCUGAAUCCCACCUACAAUGAGGCCAUCAUCUUUGACAUCCCUCCUGACAGUAUGGACCAUGUCAGUCUGCACAUCUCUGUUAUGGACUAUGAUCUGGUAGGUCAUAAUGAGAUCAUCGGCGUGAUGAGGCUUGGAAGUCAUGCAGAAGGUCUUGGCAGGGACCACUGGAACGAAAUGCUGGCUUACCCACGGAAGCCUAUCGCACACUGGCAUCCUCUGCUGGAGUCCAAGAAAUCUGAGAAGGAGUGGAAGGCGAGAACGGCCAGCUUCGACAGUCAGGGCUCCUGCCCCUCACCCAGGCCCCCUGCUAGUCCCUGAGCAGAGCCACCUGUGACCCAGCAGCCCAGAAGAGGGUUUCCUCCCUCCUGCUGAUCCACUUCCUGUUUGUCUGAUCGAGGAGAAACAGAAUCCCACUGUCUCUUCCUCUCUCUCUCUUUCUCUCUCUGUUCCUACCUUAUUCAACUCUAGUCCCUGAGCACUCCCAAGAACUGAUCCAGGACUACUGUAAGUCUGUUGUGUGAAGCACAGCCUUUUGGGGUUAAAAUUUUGGGUUGUCGAUUUGGCUGCUGUGACGGCCCAAAGCUGGCUUUGUUGUCUGUGAGAUUUGCUGGAGAUCCAGUCGACAGACAUUUUGUUGUUGAAUUGUCCAAACGGAGGUGUCCUCACAGAGGACUUAGCUAAACUGGAGAACUAGCUUUGAACUACAGAGACUUAUUGAUGGAGAAACUCUCGAAUAUCACUCCAUGAAAGCAGCGGAAGCUUCACAGAGGGAAGCUGAGGACACAUCCAGGAAAGAAAAAGAGAAAAAGCUGUAAAGAAAUAUUUUCAAACUCUAUGGCUCUCUCACAUUUAAUUAUACAUUUGUCUACGAUAAAAGUGACUAUUUUGUGACUCAGAUGGAUAUCUCAGUGGAGUAACUUACAUGGGAAAUUAUCUAGAUGAAGCAGAUUAAAGCCAAAAUUUUCUCAACUUAACAAUUUGUGUCUUCAAAAGCUGCCAUUUGACAGAGCAAAGAGGAUUGAUUCACAGCAGAACAAACAGGCUGUAACAGGUUGUACAUUCACAUGGCCUGAGCACAACUAGCUUACACUGUAAACUAAAAAUCACUUCAUUAAAAAUGUUUUUACAGAAGAGAAUUAAAGCAAGGAAACUGAGAAAGAAGCUUCAAAACAUCCUGUAAACUUAGAAAAUUGCAAGCACACGUCACCACAUGGAACAAACCCUUACCUCUUUCUCUGUUUGGUGUUCACUGUAGAGGAAACUCACCAUUUCUUCCAUGAGAGAAUUCAAAGAAAUGCUUCUUUUUCUUCCAUAAUCCUAUCUUAAAAGGCACUUUCUGUCUCUUGUUUUGUUUUAUUAUGAUUUAGGUGGAUGUAAAUAGCUUUAUGUAUAGAUGUUUGCUGGUUACUGUAUGUUAUUUUGUUUGUUUGUUUGUUUUUGUCCUAAACUAAAAUCCAGAAAAUAUAAAAUUAAAUUAAUAGACAACAUAAUAUAUAGAUAUAUAUUUUGGAUUUAUGUAGACUUGUUGGUGGUGAUGAAAAAAACUUAAAUGAAAAA